CCAAUUUCUAGCUCUCUAUUACCCUCACUUCCCCUUUAAAGCACCCACUCACUUUCAUGCUCUGUUUCUUCAUCAAGCAUUAGAGCAUGGAAAAACUCACCUUUUGUCUUCUCCUCUGCGUCUUUUUCCUUUCCCUUUUCUCCUCCAUUGCAGAUGGUGGUUCAAUUGGGAUAAACUAUGGCCGUGUAGCUAACAAUUUGCCAUCAGCAGUGAAAGUUACAGCGCUGUUGAAAUCUCAAGAUGUUGAGCGUGUGAAGGUCUACGAUACUGACCCGGCUGUGCUCAAAGCUCUUUCUGGAUCCGACAUUAAGGUUACUGUAAAUCUGCCUAACGAGCUUCUCUACAAUGCUGCGAAGCGCCAAUCUUUUGCUUACUCAUGGGUGCAGAAAAAUGUUGCUGCUUAUUACCCAUCAACCCAAAUCGAAACCAUUGCUGUUGGAAAUGAAGUUUUUGUUGACCCACAUAACACGACCCGUUUUCUUGUACCCGCCAUGAAGAACAUUCAUCAGGCUCUUGUUAAGUAUAAUUUCCAUGACAAAAUCAAAAUUUCUUCUCCUGUUGCUCUCAGCGCCUUGCAGAACUCUUACCCGUCUUCGGCCGGGUCAUUCCGAUCCGAAUUGAUCGAACCCGUGAUUAAACCCAUGCUGGAUUUCCUCCGGCAAACUGGAUCUUACCUUAUGGUGAACUGUUACCCGUUUUUCGCUUACGAGUCGAAUUCCGAUGUCAUUUCUCUUGAUUAUGCACUGUUCCGUGAAAACCCCGGUGUCGUUGACGCCGGUAACGGACUCCGUUACUUCAGUCUAUUUGAUGCCCAAAUCGACGCCGUUUUUGCUGCAUUGUCGGCUUUGAAGUACAACGAUAUCAAAAUGGUCGUAUCAGAAACUGGAUGGCCAUCCAAAGGAGACAACACCGAAAUCGGCGCUUCCGUCGACAACGCCGCGUCGUACAACGGAAACCUCGUCCGGCGAAUACUCGUCGGUGGUGGUACUCCUUUAAGACCGAAAGAAGACCUCACCGUCUUCCUCUUCGCACUUUUCAACGAGAACAAAAAGCCAGGUCCUACUUCUGAGAGAAAUUUCGGGUUGUUCUACCCGAAUGAGCAAAAAGUUUACAACAUACCAUUGACAAUGGAGGGUUUAAAGCAUUACGUCGACCGACGGUCACCGGUGGCUGGCGACCAGAGAACGCAGAAGGGCGGGAAGGGGAAUGUGUCAGGACAAACAUGGUGCGUGGCGAGUGGAGAAGCGGGGAAGGAUCAUCUACAAGCAGCUCUAGAUUACGCUUGUGGUGAGGGCGGAGCUAAUUGCCGUUCGAUUCAACCAGGGUCGACGUGUUACAAUCCUAACACAUUAGAGGCUCAUGCUUCAUUCGCUUUCAAUAGUUAUUAUCAGAAAAAAGGACGUGCGAUGGGUUCGUGUUAUUUCGGUGGAGCUGCCUACAUUGUUCAUCAACAACCUAAGUAUGGACACUGUGCAUUACCAACUGAAGAAUGAGAAGGAAGUAGAAGAAUAGACUGAAUUUUGAUAGCAGUAGCCAAGCUUUAAUUUAUUGUAGCUACUUUCAGUUCAGACUAUUCAUUUUUAUUAUUUUUAGUAACUUUAGCAAUGUCUUUGUUCUUCUAGUGAUAUUGCUUUCCUUUUUGUAAUUGUGUUGACAUCAACUUACUAGCUAUAUUAGUAUUUGUUACUAUAUUUUGGCUUUUCUGUUCAUAAAAAAUAUGCAAUUUCAUUUCUAA